AGCAGACCGAAACAUAUGACUAUGAAGAUACUUUUCUAACAGAGGAUCAGAUCCAUUUAAAUCCAAGCUCAAGAGAGCGGCGCUCCAACCACCGAAAUUAGUGGCCGGCAACAGAGAGACAGCUUCAUAUCCUUUGGCUCAAUUGAGGGGGAGAAGAGGGAGAGACGAUGUUACCGCCACAUUCUCUCCUCCCAACUAGGAUGCUUCUGCGGUCGCUAUUGGUAGCCGGAAUCACUAGCCACCCGAUGCUUCUGGCUCCAGGAUUAGCCACGUUGAACUUCCUGUCCAAACCCCGAGCCCCCCUGUUUAAUGUUGAGAGGAACCCAUUGCUACAUAGCAUCUUGAAGAAUGUACUUUACAACCACUUCUGUGCCGGGGAAAAUGCGAGCGAGGUCAAAGCUACGAUACAAAACAUAAAAAACAUGGGAUUUUGCGGUGUAAUCCUUACCUAUGCAAAAGAGGGUCCAGGAAGAUCUUCUGGUGAUAACAGCCAACUCGACCCCGAAUCACAAAAAGUUGAUACCGAGAUUGAAGCAUGGCACCAAGGCGUUUUGCAAACAGUCCGAAUGAUUGGCGAGGGAGAUUUUAUAGCAUUAAAGUUGACUGGGGCUGGCGCGGCGGUAACAACAGCACUCUCUUUGGGCAAUCCACUUCCGACUCAGAUGGAGAGUGCAUUGGCAGAUCUCUGUGGUGAAGCUAUCAGCCGAAAUGUAAACAUUUUCUUAGAUGCGGAGCAGCAUCAUGUUCAGACCGGAAUUAAUAAAGUCGCCCUCGAUCUGAUGCGCCGCUACAAUCGGGGUGAUGUGGCAAUAGUAUUUAACACUUAUCAAGCUUACCUGAAGUCAACUUCAGUAACUUUACUUGAUCACUUGGACUACGCGAAGAAAGACGGCUUUACAAUAGGCAUAAAGCUAGUUCGGGGUGCGUACAUGAGCACAGAGCCUCGCCAUCUUAUCCACGAUACCAAGGCAGAGACGGAUGCUUCGUAUGAUCUCAUUGCAGAAAGUCUCAUCCAAGGACAAUUUGCUGGUUGGGGGCAAGACGAAUCUUUCAGCUCUCCAAGACUGCAUCUAUUUUUGGCGACUCAUAAUCGUACUAGUACUCUGAAAGCUCAAGAACUGCAACAAGAUCGGACAAAGGCUGGACUACCGCGAAUUCAAGUUCAAUACGGUCAGCUACUUGGAAUGGCAGAUGAAGUAAGUUUUACACUCCUUCAGCGAAACAAGGAGGAUAUGCAAAGCCAAGGGCUCGUGGUGAGCGACGUAUACAAAUGUCUUACUUGGGGCACAAUUGGCGAUUGCAUUUUUUAUCUUCUACGGCGCGCCAACGAGAACAAAGAUGCUGUGUCGAGAACGGUGGCCGAAUAUCGUGCCUUGAGGAGAGAAGUGGCCAGGAGAAUCAAGAACGUGUUCACAUUUUAAUUAGUCAUGGCAUUUGGAAUCGAAGGUUCAGUCUAAUUAUUGCAUAUAGAACAGUUACACUUUGAUGCAUAGCAGGUUGUCCAUGAAUUUUGGAUAACGGUUCACAUGAUAUGCAUAGAACCAAGCUUGGCAAUCGAUUUUAACACAG